GGGGCAAAGGGACAACAACAACAACAACCCCCCCCCCCCCCCUCAGCCCCUGGGGAGACAGAUACAGACACAGACAGAGAGACAGGGGGUGGCAGCGCCCGGGGGUUGUGAAGGGAAGAUAAAAUGUCCCUGUACGAUGAUUUAGGUGUUGAGACCAGUGACUCAAAGACGGAAGGCUGGUCAAAAAAUUUCAAACUCCUUCAGUCUCAGCUUCAGGUGAAAAAAGCGACACUUACACAAGCGAAGACCCAGCGCUCAAAGCAGAGCACAGUUUUAGCUCCGGUAAUAGACCUCAAGAGAGGCAGCUCUGGAGACGACAGGCAGAUUGUUGACACACCACCACACAUAGCAUCCGGUUUAAAGGACCCGGUACCAAGUGGAUUCUCUACAGGAGAGGUUUUGAUCCCACUGGCUGAUGAGUAUGACCCCAUGUACCCAAACGACUAUGAGAAAGUUGUGAAACGACAGCGUGAGGACAGACAGCGACAGCGUGAGCUGGAACGACAGAAAGAAAUUGAAGAAAGAGAAAAGCGAAGGAAGGAAAGACACGAACAACCCAGUGGGUUCUCGAGAAGACCAGAUCCAGAGUCAGACGAAGAUGAUGAUGAAAGAGAGAAAGAAAGGCGAAAACGAAGUAUGGGAGGAGCAGCAAUUGCCCCACCUUCAUCACUUGUUGAAAAGGACAAAGAACUCAUUCCAACUUUCCAGUAUGAGGAUGAAUCCAGAUCUCGUAGUGCACCUAGUAAGGCUGCGAUUCCCCCUCCGAUUUACGAAGAGCCUGAGAGACCACGGUCCCCACCUGGUCCCACCAACUCUUUCAUUGCAAAUAUGGGAGGCACAGUGGCACACAAAAUUAUGCAGAAAUAUGGCUUCCGCGAAGGACAAGGUCUGGGGAAACACGAACAAGGAUUGAGCACUGCACUGUCAGUGGAGAAGACAAGCAAACGAGGAGGAAAGAUUAUUGUCGGUGACAGUGCAGAAAAAGUAGAAAUGCCAGCCACUACCAAGAAAUCAGAAGCAAACCCACUGACAGAGAUCUUGAAAAAUCCCACAAAAGUGGUCUUAUUACGGAACAUGGUGGGGGCUGGAGAAGUCGAUGAUGACCUGGAAGGUGAAACCAAGGAAGAGUGUGAAAAGUAUGGGAAAGUGUCCAAAUGUGUCAUAUUCGAGAUUCCUGGGGCACCAGAUGAUGAGGCAGUCAGGAUAUUUGUGGAAUUUGAGCGGGUAGAGUCUGCAAUUAAAGCUGUUGUCGACCUGAAUACAAGAUACUUUGGUGGCAGAGUGGUGAAGGCCUGUUUCUACAACCUAGAUAAAUUCCGCCAGCUGGAUCUUGGGGACCUUUUCUAAAGACAUGAGUUGAAAAUGUUACCCGGCGGCAGCAGCUUUCUGCGUACAAUGUAAACAUCCCUGAGGUGUGCAAUGGUGAAGAAUUGGAAGAAGAAUUGUAUUUAAUUCUGAAAUGAUGCAACCAUCUUUAAUUGUAGCUGGCAUUAUAGUUCUCCUUAUCUUCACAUCCUCAAGAUCAGAUAUUAUUUCUUCUCAUGGUUGGAGAAGAGGGUUUGGAUUUAACAUCAAAGUCACCCAGAAUUUCUGUUCACUGGCCAGUGUGACAUGUUUCCAAUAUGCUUGUUUCCUUUUGUUUGGGAGGACACUAGAGUUACUCUGUAUUGUUUUCCACCUGAAUUUUACUUUGACUGUCAAAGUCAGAGUUUACUUUUGUAAGUUUCAUCGACUAUUAGAUGGGUGAUGACCUGAUCCGUAGACAAGUUGCAUUUUUAGAAAAUAUUUUCGUUCAUCAGCUUGAACUCUUCGGGAUCAAGAAGUUGAUGGUGAUGGCAGGGACAUUAUUAUUCCAAACUGUUCAGUCACUCCUUCCCUUCACCCACUAUGACCUGUGACGAACUUGUAAAAUGUUACAGUUAUUUAGCUUUCAGUGAGGUGAUAUGAUUCUGAAGAAAAUAAUACUACUCAACCUAUUAUCUGAUUACAUAGUGUGCUCAUAAAAUAUGGGUAUCCGGUUGGAGGCAUUGCAGUUUCUUGCUUAGUUGUCAUUAUUUCUUUUUUCUUUUCAGAAUUCACAUGCAGCUGGUAUAUAUUUGAUGGUGUAUCCAUGUUGACAAAAAGCAGAAAAACGUAAAUGAUUGUAAUAAUUUCUGUAAAUUAAGUUGUGUUUUAGGUAUGGGUAUUUGGAUUUUCAUCUUUAUACAGUGGUUAUGAUGAACUGUUUUGUGAUCAUUUGUUACAGUUGUUCAGAGCUAAUGAAUGUACGUUUUUACACCGUGCAUGUACUUUGUCUUGCAACACCAUUGGAACAGAGAUGCUUAUUUGUUUUUGUAUCAAAUUGAAGCAGUGAACAGCAGUCAUUACAAGAACUGUUGAAAAUCUGGUGAUGAAAACAUAGCAAUGAUAUGGGUCAUAUGCAAGUUGCUGUUCGCAAACAGGAGAUUUUUAUAUGUGUUAAUUGGCAUAAGAACGAAGAACCUCUUAAUAAAGAGUGUGUAAUCUUUGCCGCA